AUGAAGUUGCCCCCAGGUUCCAUAUCUGUAUUUCUCUCCACAGUAGCUGGCACCAGUUCUGCCUUCUUGCAGAAGCGGCAGUUCAGUAAUGACAGCUUCGACUGGGCCACCGUCCAACCUUCACGCAACUUGCAGUACCACGACUGCUAUGACAGGUUCAAGUGUGCGCGCUUGAAGGUGCCGCUCGACUGGACAACUGCCAAUUCGUCACAAUGCGCAAGCUCGUCCCGCUGGGCUGCCAUCGGCAUAGUCACCCUCCCGGCGUCCGUUCCCGAGACUGACCCGUCAUUCGGCGGCACAAUUCUCAUCAACCCUGGCGGCCCUGGCGGAGGCGGCACUGAAAUGGCAUUGGAUAUCGGGGUUUAUAUACAGGCAAUCUUGGACGGAGAUCGACACUAUGAAAUCCUCGGAUUCGACCCACGAGGUGUGGCACUGAGCACCCCUCGCGCCGACUGUUACAAUGACGACCUCAAACGAGCCGCCGAUUUCAUCCAGAAAGAGGGGCUGCCGGCGAUGACUUCCGGCCCUGAAGCUCUGGCUUACCAGUACCAAGCGGCAAGGGGCCUGAGUGACCUCUGUGCAGAGGCUGGGGAGGACAGCAUCUUCAACUACAUGUCGACCGCCUCUGUGGCUCGCGACAUGGUCGAGAUUGUGGAUCGCGUUGACGAGUUGCGGCACAAGAACUUGACCUCGGCGGAGGAUGAGAAGCGCGAGCUGCCGAAACUGCAGUAUUUUGGCAUCUCGUAUGGCACCAUUUUGGGCAAUACCUUUGCCUCAAUGUUUCCUGGCCGCGUGGGAAGGAUGGUGCUUGAUGGCGUAGCCGACGCCGACGACUAUAUCAGCGGUACUUGGGCGAAGAACCUCAACGAUGCUGAAGUUGUCGUCGACAAGUUCUACGAGACUUGCUUCCACGCUGGAGACCUCUGCCUCCUGAAACAGGAAUCAGAUGGCAGCGCGGCUGACAUCAGGAAGCGCGUGGACGACUUCAUACAGGAGUUGGUCAAAACUCCCAUCAUAACCGUUGCCGGAGGCCGCGUCCGUUUUGUCACGUCCCUCAUCGUCCGCGACACCAUACGCCGAGCUCUCUAUUCACCGAUCAAGGCAUACGAACUGCUGUCCAUUGUUCUCGCCACCACCCUUGCGGGCGAUUACAGCCUCCUGCUGCAAAGUCCAGCGGUCAACAAUUACGAGCGCAAGGAUGUCUGUGUCGUGCCAGGCGACUACUACCCUCCUCAGAAUUACACCUGGGACAGCGAGGCCGGAAUGGGUGUGCUUUGUGGCGAUUCCGCUAUCAAGGCCGGCGAGCGCAACAACGGUUCCUGGGCUGCGAGUAUAGUCGAGCAGCUUGAUGCCCAGUCACCAACUGCUGGAGAGCCUUGGGCGCGGAUUCCGCUUUCCUGUUCGGGGUGGACGUUUCAGCCGAAAUACGCCUUUAGGGGUCCGUUCGGCCACUUGGAUCUCGACCUUUCGAAGACAGAAGACAAGCCCGCGGCUCCGCUCCUGAUUCUGUCGACGCGACACGACCAUGCUACACCACUUGCCAACGCCGAACAUCUGUCGACGCUUUAUCCCGGAUCGGCCGUCGUCAUCCAGGAGUCUGUGGGCCACUGCGCUUUGGUCACCUCCAGGAGCGAGUGCACUGCGCAGCAUUUGCGGACGUACUUUGACAUCGGAAAGGUCCCGAGAAGCGGGACCACGUGCGAGGAAGACUGCUCCCCUGGGAUCCCUUUUGUGCCCUGUCCAGGUUUCGCCGAUACGCCGAGUUGA